CGAUGAAUUGAAAUGUUUUGUGUUUUUGGCGGUGUGUGUUUUAUUUUCCGCAAAAUAUAGCUGAUAAAGUAAAAAGCCUUUUUUACUGGAAACUAGUCAUUUAAUGUGAAUGUUGAGAUUAUGAUAAUAUCCUGACACAAUAAUGGGUGACGAGACGCCAGAGGAGCGACAAAAUAAUGAAUUCGAGGCAUUACAGGCAAUAUAUGGAGAGCUGGUUGAAGACAAACGUGAGCCCACGGCUUGGAAGGUCUGGCGACCAAAUGACUUUCUGUUAAGCCUGUAUCCAUUGCACAAUUCGUCUAUGCCCGAUGUCCAUUGCUCCAUCACUCUGCGCUUCAAGUGCUGUCAUAAUUACCCUGAUAAGCCUCCAAAAAUUGAAAUAUCAAAAAUGAAAGGGCUGUCUGCGGAAAAUGCGGAGAAGCUCCUAGCAGAGCUUGGCAGUAUGGCGUCGGAGAAGUGCGGGGAAGUUAUGAUCUUUGAGCUGGCGCAACAUGUCCAGCAAUUCCUUCAUGACCACAAUAAGCCCACUCUCUCCUUCUAUGACGAAAUGGUGAAACAAAACACAGAGAAAGAGAAAUUGAAGCAACAUGACAUGGAAAUUAAAGAAAAGGAAGAAAGGAAAAAGAUAAAGGAGGAGAUACAUAGACGACAAGAGAUGCUGCGAUGUGCGGGCAGACAGCGGGUGCACAGAACGAGUUUGUCUCAAGAGGACAGUAUCGAGGGUCACGGAGACGCACCCGAAUUAGUAUACUAUGCUGAUGAUAAGAUGUCUCCGGCCAAGAAAGUGGUUCGCAAGCGACCAAAAGACGUGGCGUGCACGUGCAAUCUAAAAUGUGCACAAGUUCUCAGGAUAACGCAGAAGAACCACAAGAAAGUUUACAUAGGAAAUUGUUUAGGUCAUUCUUCAAAUGGGUCAACAAGCUACCUAGCGAUAGAAGACGAAACGGGAGAACCACUAGUAUCCAAAAAAUGGUCCAUCCCCACUCCGGACUUCCAAUCGUGGCAUCGGCUACUCUCAUCGCUUCAACAAGAUCUGAAAUCAAUGUGUCGGUUAAAACAUUCAAACUUAGUGCCAUACAUAGCCAUGGAAACAUGCAAAGAAAGUCAAAGUGGACGGACGGCUGGCCAAUCUGUUUAUAUAUUUAGAAAUUUUAUUCUAGGCAGUUCCUUGAAAUAUUUAUUAGAUAAGUGCAAAAAUAGUGAUAUAUACGAAACGUUAAGACUAGUGAGGCAUGUAGGCGUGGGUGUGUUUAGUGCGUUAAGUGAAUUGCAUAGUGCAGACGUAGUGCAUAAAGAUGUGAGAAGUGAGAACGUUUUUCUGGACGUUUUCGGAGCGGUCAAGUUGGUCGGUGCUAGUUUGGACAGCUGGCUGGCUGAAAUGCUCGAUGGCGAUAGCUUUUGUGACAAACAGACGCGUGCGCAAGACAUAUUCGCGGCGGGUCAUCUGUUACUGUCCAUGUUGUGCCAGGAGAAAACUACUCAUGAAAUACCCCCUGAGUUGCCCAGCGCAGCUAAAGACUUCUUUUCUAGAUGUCUAACAGAAGACGAGCAUUCCCAGUGGUCGGCGGAACAGCUCAUGAAUCAUGGUUUCCUGGUAGACGCGCCGGUGAAACAAAUUGGUGGCAAGAGGAAAGACGAUGGCGGCAGCGGGUCUGAUGAUGAGGAUGCAGUAAAAAAGAUCCGUAAUUUAGGCCCGGCCAUUAACGGCCACUCGCGCUUGGCCGACGAGUUUGAAGUGCUGGCCUGGCUGGGACAAGGCGCCUUCGGAGAUGUCUUGAAGGUGAAGAACAAACUAGACGGCGGAUUAUACGCGAUAAAACGUAUCAAACUUAACCCGGAAAGCGUCCAGUUAAACAAGAAGAUAACUCGCGAAGUUAAACUACUGUCUCGUUUGAACCACGAAAAUGUGGUGAGGUACUACAACGCGUGGAUUGAGUCCACCACACAGCCGGUAGAGGGCGACACUCCGGUCACUUGCAGUGAAAAGGCCGCUACUAGGAAGAAACCGGACAGCCUGGAGGACAUAGUGGCGAAACUCGGACAAGAGGUCAAAGUGGAGUGGUCCAUGUGCGACCCCUCGAUACAGAAGAGGCACUCUUCGUCGGACAGCGAGGAAGAAGACGACGAUGAUGAAGCAUUGCCUCUGUUCAAUAUCAGUCCUGAAGAUGAAUCGAGUAGCGGUAUCGAAUUCGCAUCCGAUUCGGAAAACAAAUCGGAAACCUUACCAUCGGAACUUCUAUCUGCCAGUCCAAGACCACCUUCCACGAGGUUAAAUCAAGUGUUAUACAUCCAAAUGGAGUUCUGUGAGAAAAACACCCUCCGCCAAGCCAUAGACAACGGCCUCUACCAGGAGCACUUCCGUGCGUGGCGCCUCUUCAGGGAGAUCGUGGAGGGACUGGCCCACGUCCACCAAAGAGGCAUGAUACACAGGGACCUGAAGCCUGUCAACAUAUUCUUGGACUCCAACGAUCAUGUCAAGAUUGGGGAUUUUGGACUCGCGACGAAAGCUUUCACCGCUUUGGUUGAUGAAAAAGUAAAGCCAGAAGAAAUCAGUGGAUCGUUAACUGGACAGGUCGGCACAGCUCUAUACGUAGCUCCAGAGUUGUACCAAGCGGGUACCAAAGGGAUAUACAACCAGAAAGUGGACAUUUACUCCCUAGGGAUCAUCCUAUUUGAAAUGUUCCACCCUCCGCUCGACACGGCUAUGGAGAGAAUGGCCGUACUUAAUAGUAUCAGGAGCAAAGAUAUCGUAAUGCCUAAGGAGUUUGAAAGGGAUAAUGCUAAACAAAUUCAUGUUAUCAGGUGGCUACUAAACCACGAUGCUAGUCUUCGGCCAAGUUGUGCGGAGCUGCUGAGCAGCGAACAUAUCCCUCGGCCAGUACACGAGGGAACCCUGGCGGGGCUGUUGUCUCACGCGUUGAGCGAGCGAGGUAGCCGAGGAUAUACCAGACUAGUGGCCGCUUGCUUGGACCAGCGAGCGUCGCCAGCUGAAGAUUAUACCUACCACAACGACGUGAGGAACAGGAACGACGUACUGGCCGCUGUUAAAGAUAUUGUUAUCAAGGUGUUCCGCAGCCAUGGAGCCGACGAGUUCUCCCCUCCCCUCCUCAUCCCCCGGGCCAAGGGCUGGGAGCAGUACCCCAAUGCCGUCAAAGUGAUGACGGCCAGCGGCAAUGUGUGCCAUUUACCCCAUGAUUUUAGACUCCCAUUUGCUAGACACACAGCAUAUUCGGGAACAAAAUAUAUGCGGCGUUAUGUAGUGGACCGCGUGUACAGAGAGAAACACGUGGCGGGCUUCCAUCCAAGAGAAAUUGUGGAGUGCGCUUUUGAUAUCGUCACUCCUAAGACGGAUUAUCUCUGGUCGGACGCAGAACUGUUACUUGUAGCGAGCCGAGCGGCGUCCGAAUGCUCGUUAAACGUUACACUUCAGUUGAACCACACAGCAUUACUUCAAACAUUAUUACUAUCCUGUGGAGUGCCAAUUGACAAACACAUCGAUAUCUACCCAGUUCUGGUUGAGGUUAGCUUUGGCCGCAUCACAAGACUGCAACUGCAAACCCACUUAACCUCGCUCUGCAUAACUAACCGGGAUAUAUCCAAUCUUCUCAAACUGAUGGAAGCCGACAUCCCAGUGCAAGAGCUUAAGGAGUUCCUCACCGAGUGCAAGCUUAGUGCGAAAUGUCAUCGCGUCGCCACGCAAGCUGCGCAUGCUCUUCAGGCUGUGUACAGAAACGCUAGGGCUUUAGGGUGCGAGUGUCCGAUGACAGUGGCGCCAUUACUGGCGUACAACGCGACGCAACACAGCGGCGUAUUCUGGCAAAUGUCUGUGGUAAGGCAUACCGACCAUAAAACAACCAAUGCAAAGAGAAGAUCUGGCGAUUUGAUAGCUGCUGGGGGCAGAUACGACGCUUUGGUAGAGGAGUUCUGGGAGGUCGCUCGCACAGAGAAAGACCACGAGAAUGCCGACCUGAUGUCGUGUUCCGUCGGCUUCUCCAUGUCUUUAGAGAGGAUUGCGACCAUAUUAAAGAAAAUUGAGGGGGAAUUACCUGCUGUGGUCAAGAAUGUUGAGUCACCACUAAUCUGUGUGUGCGUGCACGGCACGGCUGGCAGCGGUCGCGACGGCCAAGCGGCGGCCAAGCGUGCCAACCUAGCCAGGGAGCUGUGGUGCAGCGGAUACAACUGCAGCUCGUGGGGGUCGGGGUUCGCGGACGCUCAUGAGCUGAGUCGUGCGGCCGCUGUCUUGUGGCAGGACGACGCUGGUGUGAGGGUCUCUUGUUGGGGAGAUGACAGAGUGAUUGAACACAAACUGCCCUACCACGAAGUGAUAGACUUCAUCAAACAAAAAUUCACACCGGACACGCAGAAAAAUCAUGAAGCGUCAAACAACCGUUCAAUAAGCUGGAGUGAGAGCGAAAAGUCCAACAGUCCCAGUAUAUCCGUCACUUUCAUCACCGCCGACAGGAUAACUAAGAACUCUAAACGGUUUCUGGAAAAUCAGAUAAACACCCAAGUGACAUCAAUCCUAGUGAGCCUUGGCCUGCAGCCAGUGAUGAGCCGCGUGCGCGUGAGUGUGCUCGCGCUGUCGUGCGACGCGGCGUGCGUGCGCGCGCUGUGCGCGCAGCUCGCGUCGCCGCUCGACGUCACGGAGCUCGCGCAUGCCUUCCAGCCCGUUUUUGACACCUAUAUAAAAUAUUACGAGAUCCUCGACGACACACUAAAGGAGCUAUCUUCCAUAGUGAAACAAACAAGCCAAAGCAGAUCUUCAGACGAAACGCAACUCUACGCGUUAUACUCUAUACCAGAUUCAUUAUGUCGACUGAUCACUUGAUUGUGUACUUUAUUGACAUUCACGGAGAGGCGCCUAGCGUGUCACAAGAAAGUACACCUGGCGUAUCGUACCUAAGCUAAAAGAUGACACACCAGGCGCGUUUUAUUACAAAACCCCGCCCUCUAUUAUUUUUAAUGAACAUAGCUUCGGCGCUCCGCUAUUUGUAAAUAGUAGAAAACAAAUUUUUAACUAUCUACAUAUUUCGGUCACUGCAAAACCAAAUAAAAUUGUUCUUCUCUUAGCUGACAACACCCAGUGUUGUGUGCCAACCAAAAGGACACAAUGUAUUCAUUUAUUUUCUACUCUUCAUAGACAGACAGUACGUGUUAAGCCGCCUAUUUAUAUUAUAAUAUACGAGAGAAAUAUUUAUAGGGAAAAGAUUUUGAUCAUUUAUUUUUAUACAAAUACAGUAUCACAUUUAUAUAUAUGACAAUAUAGACAUGCAGUGUCGAGAAACAUUUUCAUCAAUUAUAAAAGCUACCGCCUCCAGUCAGACACCGGUGGUUUUGAUACACAUCAAACACGAUAGAGAGUUAAUCAACAUUUUCUCUCUCACCUAUGAGAUUUUUCAUUUGUAUACUCUUUCUCUCGUCGGAUGUGUGUUAUUUUACCAUUCGUGUACUAAAUGCUUAAUUUUUGCCCACCCCCCAACAAAAACACAGGCCGGUAUGUACAUUUUUAGGUCGUAAAAGACUAAGUAUGUCCAAUACUAAAAUAUGGUAUUUUCCGAUGUUUGAAAAUUUACUUACUUGAAAAUGUGGUUUUCUCAAUAGUAAGCAAAUAAUUGGCUACUAGACUGGGUAUUACACUACAAACCAAAUUAACCAAACAAUAAUUAAAUAUAAUUUUAAUUGAUUAGUUUUAUUAAUUACGUAAUUUACUUUAUUGUUCUCAUUAAAGUAUUAUUAGGAAUGCAUUUUGGCUUCAAAAAUCGUGAUAUCAUAAGCACAUCUCUGGCAUACAAGCUCCAUAUAUUUUUUGUUUUUGACAUUUAAAAAAGUAUCUGAUUUGACAAUUGGAAAGUAGCUAAUAUAUACAGAAAUUAUAUAUUCUAUGCAUUUUCAAACAGGAAAAUAUUAUAUUGUAAUUCUGUGUAAACUGCAAUUACACGAGUUUACGACACAAGUUAUUUGCUAAUGUGUAAUAAUUAUCUGAACAUAAAAACUUUUAUAUUAGUUUCAUGUUAUACCUAGAAUAGUUUGGACUGUGCCUGUCAAUAUUAUAUUACGUGUAAUUUUGUGCAAUCUGAGUUUACAAAAGUGAGAAUUGUUUUUCAAAAUUAAAUUUUUCAAAGAGAUUUAUUGUUUAAAGAUUGUAGUCAUAAAUAUAUUGAUGACAAUUUCAAAAAAAUAAUGAAGAAGAAUGUUUUGUAUAAAGCAUCGUAUCCAAUAGGGAACAGUUGACUUGCAGACAUAUGUGUGAGGACAACUAUGUCCAAUUUUUACUUACGACGUCUAUAAAAAUACAAUAGAUUAAUUUUAGAUCCCUACAUUGAACUGAUUUGUAUUGGAAUCAUUCCAUAAAAGUUGGUAGUAGGCUGGUCUUAAUCUUUAGCGUAUUGUUAUCUUCGGAUGGCAAGAUGUAUUGACUCUCUUUUUUACUGUCAUUAAAAUAUUAAAGAACAAAUAAGCAAAUAUGACACUUGACGUAAACUGAGUCUUCUACAAGUAAUGUAUCAAAGACUAAAUAUAAAGAUUGUGCUAUCAUAUUUUUAGACUUAAUUGUUUCCUAAUGGAUACAUGGCUUAUGGACAUAAUUGGAUUGGGUAUUACUAAUUUUUGCCGCUGUAUUUUGUAUGUUGUUGUGAUGUUACGAUGUAUUAAUUUGUACAAACAUUUUUAAUAUGAAAAUAAAAGACAGUGAUUAAUA